UCAAAUUGCAUUAACGAUCGUAAAGAAGCGGUUUUCCUGGGUUGUUUACUCAUUAAAACAAUAAAUCAGGAUGUUUUUUCAAACUUAAACCUAAUUGAAUCAUGAACAUUUUAUGUUAACGCAAACAAAAAAAUGCUUUUAUGUCCAUGUGCAGUACGGACUGGUAACGGUGUUAGAAUCGAACAAACCUUUCGUUGUUGGUGACGUCGGAGAACGACGGCUGUGACUGGACGAGCUGAGAGGAAGUGGUGCGGCGAUGAGGAACGAGAAACAUGGCUUGUUUCUUCAGAAGAAGCAUCGCAGCAAAGCUGGGCAGGACGCUGCAGCAGCCUGAAGAUGUCUUCAUACCAGCUCUGUUUGCAGUUCCAGUUUUUAAGAAACAGCAGACUGCUGACUUUAGACUGUCAAUCAACGCAUUACGAGCCAGUGGGAUUUUACCACCCAGUGGUGACGUUCAGCAGCAGACAGAAAACUUGGCCUCUCAGUUGAAACAGGACAGUGUGCUUGAGGACAUAUCAGCUGGACGUGGAACGAUCCACUUUAAAGUUAAUCGCAAACUUCUUGCCCAGAAAAUCUUGGAGCCAUUUGGAAAGGAGGAUGAGCAAUUUGGUUUGAAUAGUGAACUUUUCAAUACUCUGAAGAGAGGGACAGCAUUAGUUGAAUAUAGCUCUCCAAAUAUUGCCAAAAAAUUCCAUGCUGGGCACUUGAGAUCUACAAUUAUUGGUAACUUCAUCGCUAACCUAAAGCAGUCAUUGGGAAACAAUGUCAUACGAAUGAACUACCUCGGGGACUGGGGUAUGCAGUUUGGUUUGCUGGGAGCUGGGUUCAGACAGUUUGGAUCUCAAGAGAAACUGAAACAGAAUCCUUUACAGCAUUUGUUUGAGGUUUAUGUUCAAGUGAACAAGGAGGCCGAGCACAACGAGGACAUAAACCAGGCUGCCAGAGACUUCUUUAAACAGCUGGAGCAGCGUGAGAGCGGGGCUGUGUCGCUAUGGCAACAGUUCAGGGAGAUCACAGUGGACGAGUAUCAACGUGUUUACAAGCGGUUAGGAGUCCACUUUGAUAUUUACUCGGGGGAGUCCUUUCACCAGGAUCAAGCCCAGGAGGUGGUGCGGCAGCUGCAGAGCCGAGGCCUGUUGAAAACCUCUGAGACAGGAACAGGUGUAGUUGAUCUCUCUCCUGCUGCUGACAUGAGCAAAGUCUAUACGGUGCUCCGCAAUGAUGGCACAACUCUCUACAUCACCAGAGAUCUUGCUGCAGCUAUCGACCGCACAGAAAAAUACCAGUUUGACGAGAUGAUUUAUGUGACAGAUAAAGGUCAAGCGGCUCACUUCCAGCAGUUGUUCCAGAUCCUGCUCCUUAUGGGACACUCUUGGGCUGACAGGUGUCAGCACGUGCCCUUCGGCUUGGUACGGGGCAUGAAGACACGGAGCGGUGAGGUGGUGUUUCUGGAGGACAUCCUGGACGAAGCUCAGGCCAGGAUGCUGCACAACAUGAGCCAGUCAAAAACAACAAAGGAAAUGGACGACCCAGAGGACACAGCAGAGAAAGUGGGAAUCAGUGCACUGAUAGUUCAGGACUUCAAAGGUCCCCUGCUGUCAGACUAUACGUUCGACUGGGACAGGAUGCUGCAGGCUCAGGGAGACACGGGAGUCUUCCUCCAGUACACUCACGCUCGACUCUGCAGUUUAAUCCGCAGGAAUGAAGGUGCAGAAGCAGCUGUAUUUGAUCCAUCCCUCGUCCUCGAACAGACGAGUGUCUCCAUCCUGCAGCACCUCCUUCGCUAUGACGAGGUGCUGUACCAGUCGGCUCAGGAUCUGCAACCCAAACACCUGGUCAACUUUUUAUUGAAGCUGAGCCACCUGAUUGCCUCAGCACACAGAGAGCUGCCGGUGAAAGGAAGCUCUCGGGAUGUUGCGCAGGCCAGGUUACGACUGUUCAGCGGAGCUUGCUCAGUCCUGGCCAACGGGAUGAGGAUCCUGGGCAUCACACCGGUCUACAGAAUGUGAAACUCACCAAAGUUUGUCAUUACUUCAUCUGUGUUAUUUCAUUGCAGUUGUUAAAUUGUACUGUAAAUAAAUUAUAAUUUAUAUUUUCAGAAUAAAAUCCUCUUCCUCAAUUGAA